AGCUGAAAAUGGCUAGAAAAAGAACGAAACGAAAGAUAACUUUCUUGUAAUAUCACGAUCAAAAGUUAUCUAGCAGUGUGCUGCGCCCUAUUAUGCUGGCAGGUGCAGAUGCUAUAAUACACCCGGCUGCAAGCUCCGGGAAGUGGAAAGGGACACUAGAAGACGCCUGGGGACUCUCGGCGGAGUUUGUGUGAUUUGUUCGGGGCCGAAAUAACAACCGUCGGUCGAGUUCACCGUCAGUAGCACCGGCAGUAGUGCGAAAGGAUUUCGGAACAAUUAUCUGCACGUUUUGCUAUGCGGAUAGUGCUUGCGGAUACUCGAUUGCGGUGGACAAGUUUUAGAAGAAAAGAAAGAAAAUGUUAGUUCAAUGUCAGCUUCAGCAACUUUCAACGACGGAUCCAAAUCUCGUACAAUCACUCUUAUUUGAUUAGAAAUCCGUUAGCAAGUAUGUGCAAUAGAAAAGCUAAAGGCAAAAUACACGCUUUGCCGUUUGCUCCUCACGCCCAGGACGCCAGAACGGGUGUGGAUCAGAUUUCUAAAUCUACUACCUACCUCCAACAGAAACCGAGGGCCAACAGUGGAAGUGUGCAUUGUGCAACUUGGGUGAAGCGGUGAAAGAGAGAGAGAGAGCGAGACAGAUGGUCCACAAGUGCAGUGCAAAAUGAAGUCCAGUGAUUAUAUGCGCCACAAGUGUUGAAAGCAGCGGAAGUGAAAAACGAAAACGGAAAAGGAUACCCGCGAGGUAAUAAAAACGGAAGGCGAGUGUUCUUGGUAUAGCAAAAGAGACGUAAGUAAACGACACGAAGCCGUGUCGUUUAAAUGAAGGAAGUGAAAUUAGUGCCAAGUGUUGGGCAGCCGGGUCGGUGAAAAUUGGCGUAACAACUCGGGUGGAGAAAGUGCACACUGUUGCGUGUGUCCCUUGGGGUGUGUGGUGUACAGCAGGAUAGCGAUACUUUGAAAAGUUCGUUGGCUAUCCUCCCACUGCCUGUGGAUAGAAGAUAUGGUCAGGCUGCCACGUGACAGUAAAGUGAUGCUCAGGACAAUGGCAUUGGUGACGUUGGUCCUGGCCGUGGUGGUGCUCGGUGCAGGCGGUAUGGUUGCCGCUGAGCUGGUGACAACCAACGACCAGAAGGCUAACCAGUGUUGCCAGGAAUCGUACGUGGUGGACGGCAAGCAACAGCGGUGUCUCCGCACCGACGGUAAUUACACAACGGAAAUGCACCUCAACUGUACCCACAGCUACAUGAUCUACCGCGAGAUCGAACAGGAGGUGUACGUGGAUGAGACCGGGAGUCUGGUCGAUGGCCAGUACCGGAUCCAGCGCAAUGACUUCUGUGUGGCGCACACCCUGGAUUCCCAGCACACCUUACCCCAAGCAGAAGGGGAAGGCAUGCAACCGGUGUUUGUGGUGUGCUUUAACAUGGCCAACAUGGAGACGGUAGCCACGAUGCUCGUCAGCAAAGGCAUCAUGAUGCUGAUCUCCGUCUUCUUUCUGCUCGUCACACUCUACAUCUACUACACCAUCCCGGAUCUGCGGGAAACGCAGGACAAAGUAACGUCGGCGGCCGUCGCCAGUCUAGCGGUGUUUAUGUUCCUGCUCAGCCUGGUCCAGCUGUGGGGGUCCCUAACGCACACCCCCUUCUGCACGGUCAUAGCGUUCCUGAUGUACUUCUUCCUCAACAGCUAUUUCGCCUGGUUGAACAUGGUCAUGGCUAACGUAUGGAAAUUGACAGUUGCACGCCGAUGGAAGAUCAGAGAGCGAUCCUGGUACAUCCUGAACCACAUCUACGCCACCACGGUCGCCGUGACGUUAACGACCAUGGUCUACAUUUAUCACAGCCGGUAUCCGACCCUUGGCGAGGUCUCCUGCUGGUUCCGUACCGAACGGGAGCAGUCCUACUUCGUCUAUUUACCGCUGAGCGUGAUGCUGAGCAUCAACAUUUUCCUCUUCGUCUGGACGAGCCUUUAUCUGCAUGCGAGUGGUGACGACAUUAGCCAGGACCGGAAGAAAUCGCUCCGAUACAAGUGCAUGCUGUACUUGAAGCUGUUCCUGCUGUCCGGCCUCAUCUGGGUGUUUGAGAUUUUGUCGUUCCACAUGAGCGAAGGUUUGGUGCCACAGUCCUGGUUUUGGAUUAUCGUCGACGCAGUCAACUGCCUGCACGGGGUGCUAAUCUUCUUCGUGCUGAUCGUGUGGCGGCAGCGCAUCAAGCGCGAGCUGGCCAACCGGCGGUUGUUCUGCUUCCGGGCACCGGCACGCUGGGCCGAACUGAAAGACGACGAGCAGGAGCAUCUGCACGAGGAAGGUCGCGAUACGGGCAAGUAUGAUCUUAUCAUCAAGUAAACAACAGAACCUUACGAAAUAGCGCAACCCCAUCGAAACACCACCGUUGGACCCAUCGUUGAGACACCUGCCAUCUGGCAGCGAGGUGUUCUCGACAUACGCACCUACCAUCACCGGUGACCUCAUUCAUAAAGGGUUAGGUAGUGAACGCUGGAGUCGUUAGAUAGGGAGAGAGAGAUAGAGAAACCCCGGCGCGUGUAUUCCGCGGAAACGUGCGCACAGUCCGGAUGACCAUCAUUUUACACCCAAGCGGUUUCCCAAACGAGAACCCAUCGAACAUGUGGAGAUGAUAUUUAUCGCAUUCGUAUCGGUGAUUCAGCAAACACAUAUAGUUACGAGCAAAAUUGUUAAGCGUAGAUUUACGUCUAGAAUUAGGUGCAAUGUUGCAAACGUUGAUGAAUUUAUACUGUACACAGAAAUAUAUAUAGAGAGAGAGGGACAGUGAAACUAGUUAUUGCAAUUGCGUCAGGAGUUACUUUAUCCAUUUUGCUACUGCUGCCUUGCUACCUCCCCACUGCACCGUGUGCGGUGGCGAGACUGAGGUGAUGCCUAAGUCUGUUAAUGAAUUUAUACACGGGCCAACUGAUGCCGGUUAGAUAAUGCGAAAAGUUUGAACUACAAUAAACUUUUAAA